AGCGAAUAGAGUGCGAGGCGACUGGGUCGAACUGAAAGGGAGAUGAACUAGUCUACCUCAUAAGCAAUAUGUCAGUCAGUGAUCGAGUGCGUAAGCAACGUUAGGCGCGAUUCAAGCGCUCUAAUAGGCCUGCGGGUAGCAAUGCCUCGAGGACGACCCCGCAAGACGAAGCAGUCACCGGAUGGUGCCGUUCAUGGUGAAAUUCGGGGCGAACCGAAACCAUUGACUCUGGACGAAGUGGAGACAAAUGGACAAAUUCCUCUCGGAAAAAGUAAACCGCGGGGGAGGCCACGGCAACCACGUCCUCAGGUCUUACCACCGGAUAUAAAGUCGGAAGUGGAGAACAUGCAACAUGAUGAGACUGAAGAAUAUGCGGAGGAAGGUCCUAAGGACGAAAACCACCCUGGCCGGAAAUCCAACGUAUCAUGUGAAUUCUGCGGGAAAGUUUUCAAAUUCCGCGCCACCUUGAAGCAACAUGAACAGAUUCACUAUGGGAUCAAAGCAUUUGAAUGCGAGAUUUGCAAUCGUCGGUUUCUGCAUAAAGGAACCUUGAAAGUGCACCUUCGGAUGCAUACCGGAGAGAUGCCGUACCAGUGCCCUCACUGUCCGAAACAGUUUCGCGGUCAAACAGCCUUGGAUUGUCACAUCUUCAGGCAUACCAAGCAGGGUACUAAGUGCCCUCAGUGCUCGUCGAUCUUCGCUACGCCGUCCAUUGUGAAGCAGCACAUCCGGGAGGUGCACACAACGGAACGGGUCAACACGUGUCAGAUCUGCGGAAUUACCUACAAGCAUCUCAAGAGCUUGCGGUUACAUCUGCGGAAUCACCAGAAGCGGGUUUGCCCGGAUUGUGGGAAAAUCUUCCACAGUGUGUACGCCAUGAUGACCCAUCGGAAAAUCCACGCACAGGAUCAUUUCCAGUUCAAUUGUGGCUAUUGCGAUCGAAAGUUUGAGAAGGAAGAUGAGCUGGUGGCGCACGGUAAACUGCGAGGACGAACCUACCAGUGCGAGAUGUGCUGCCACAGUUUCAAUAAGGCAGACUACCUGGACAAUCACAACCGGAGGAACCACUGGAAGGAAUUGGGAUUGGAACAGCUGAAGAUUGCCCCGCCGAAGAAUGGUUGGAACCGGAAGGGAGUCCCAAAGCCGAAAAGAAAGGGCUUUGAGGAAGAUGGGGGUGAAGUGACGCUAGAGAUGGAGCCAUUAGAGGUAGCUUACAACGUGAAUGUUCCACCUAUUUCGGAAACGUACAUCGAUUACGUUGAGGCCCCUCAACCGGAAACUUCCUAUACUGAGUACAGCGUUCCACAGGAUCCGCAGCUAGAUGUUGAGUCGCUCUGUCAAAUUGCGAAAAACGAAUGUGAUAGCGAUUUUAAAACGAACUCGCUUGAGGUGGAACAUAUUCUGCCGGAUGAGACUCCACACGGCGUUGUACAGCAGGAAUAUCGACUGGAAUCUGACCAUGACUACGUUGGGGAUGACUUUCAUUACGAGGACGAUAGCGUGAAAGACGAUGUACCGGACGAAGAUGACGAGGAAUUGAAAACGGAAAUAAAGAAUGAACCGGAAGUGAUACAGGACAGUCCGAUGGUAUGUCCAGUGCCAACCGAAGUGCCUACAGAGCCAGAUAAGGAUUCAAUAGUGGAUGCUGUGCCCAAAUUGGAAGACCCCGAGCAGAAAGAAGAAAUAGAGAAGGUCGCCGAAGUCGCAGACGUUGGUUCGGACACAGAUGACGAUGAUAAGCCGUUGUCGACGUGGCUCCCGGAGCGACAACGGAGUACGCCUCAAAAAUCUCUUUCAUCCAACGUAGAUGAACAAACUACCGUAUUCAUCAAAAAAGAGUCCAACCAAGAAGAAGCUCCAGAAGAUGUGGUGGGCCAGCCCAAGAAAUCCCCAAUGGUAACUGUGAUUGAACAUCAGAAACCUUUGAAACGAAAACGGAUAUCCAAGAUAGCUGAUGACCUUACCAGAGUACGGCAGCAGAUCUGCCUUUUUUGCGGAGAAUCCUUCAAGGGUCGGUUGGCUCUCAAAAAACACAAAAAGACUGUUCAUCCGGAUCUGACACCGCACAAGGGGCCUUUCAUUUGCGAGAUAUGCGGUAAGACCUGCGCUAACGUAACAUCCCUAGUGUGCCAUCGGAACCGACACGACGAAUACCAACGCUUCAAAUGUGACGAAUGCCCGAAAGCGUUUGCCUUCCGCUGUUACCUGGAAACGCACAAGCGAGCCGAGCACUUGCACGAACGUCUAAUCUGUCCGCUCUGCGGGAAGCAAUUCAAGUACAGCCAGGACCUCAAGGUGCACACCCGCCAGCACGAGGACGACAAACCAUUCAAGUGCGACCAGUGUCCUUCUACUUUUCGAUAUCCCAGUGCCCUUCGGUCGCACAAGGCAAGACACGAGCAAACCGUGUUCACGUGCGAUAUUUGCAGCAAGACCUUCAAGUACGACAACAGUUUGCGGGUGCACAAGCGACUUCACAGCGGGGUGAAGCAAUAUCGGUGUAAAAUUUGCGAUCGAGAAUUCAACACCAAAGCUCCGCUAGUGAGGCACUUGGCCACUCACUCAGUCGAGCGGGAAGUGAAAUGUGUCGUCUGCGAUAAGAUCUUCUACAAGAAGGUCGACCUGGUAAUCCACCAAUCGAAGGAACACCCGAACGAUCCGAUUAUUGGUAAAACGGUCAAGAUUCACAAAUGCGAAGUUUGUGGACAAGAGUUUGCUAAGAAGAGCAACAUGAAGGCCCAUUCCUACAUCCAUGGGGAUGUGUACAAGUUCAAGUGUAAGCUCUGCGACGAUCAGCAGUUUAAGCAGCAUGCUGGUUUGAGGCAUCACUUGAUACAUUUUCACAAGAUGGAUCUGUCCAAGAAGAAAUCGGAAGGGGAAAGCGAGAAGAAGGAGGCAGAGGGACAGCAGGACCAGCAAAGUUCCACGACGGUAGAUGCAACACUGACGCCAGCGAUCACCAUUGUGCACGAAGGGGUAGAGUUUAUGGUCCAGCAUGUUCAAUGUGAAAGGUUCCGUUUGCCCUCACUGCCAAAAGCAAUUCGGAACGAAAGUUCAACUUAGGAAUCACGUUAGGACGAUCCAUGGUCUACUGGAAAGUGUCGACGGCAAGCAAAGUCAAUCAGAUUCCGCUUCCCUUCCUCAAGAUGACAAGCCUCAACAUAAAUCAUCGCUUGAAUGCAAGA